AAUAGAAUCACAGAUAGACAGAAAUGAUUUCUAACAGUCUAUAAACAGUAAAACAGUGGAAUUAUUAUUUCUUUUACUACUUAAUAAUGAAUUUUGACAAUGAUCAAAUGUAAUCAGAAAUAGGUUGAUGUCAACAGCAUAAAAAACAGGUUAGUUUGUUAUGUAAACCUUGUCGAAUAUUCAUUGUUUUAUACAUGAUUGUUUUAUGACUUGUACAUGGUCAGGAAGUUGAUCAAAAAUUUAUCUGAAUUCACUGAUUGAAACGUAUUUCGAUUAAUUGUGGCUUGUAGUGAAGAUCAGUGUGGAUUUUUAUUCAUAGAACAAAUAAAGUGUCAAUUUAUAUUGAUCAUGAAUUAACUUAAUGUCCUUUAUUGACUUUAUUUGUUACAAAUUUUAUAUAAUUUGCCAAAUACUUAUAUUGCAGUGUCAUGUCAAAUGAAUAUUCAAAAUUAGCUCGCUGCACAUACUAGCGGGCAACUUUAUAUAGAGCAAUCUUUAUAGGAAACACAACUACAGUAGAACCCCACUAACUCGAGCUUGCUAACUCAAACUCCUCAAACAAAAUCCAGUGUUGUAACGAGUCACCAACAGCUCAAAUCACAAGUCGAGUCACUCAAAGGUUGAGUCACAACUCGAGUCAUUUCAGUUUCUGAUCGAGUCGAGUCAGCGGCUUCACUCGAGUUGAGUCACUGGUUUAAUUCGAGUUGAGUCAUGAUAGCUAUAUACCCUGGUCCCAGAGGCUCUUUGUGAGGCGAGAAGACGAGAGGCGAGAAGGAAGAGCCUCUGGUCAUGUCAGUUGCAAACCCCACUUCCACUUGGUUCAGAAUUUGAAUCUCGCAUGUGAUUAGCCAUUUGUAAAAAUAUGUCAAACCGGUUUGGGAAAUAAACAUUACUGUAAGCUAAUUAUAGCUAUUGGACAAUUAAUUACAUUUUCUCUUGGUCACAUUUACUUGGUUAACUUGAACAGUAUUUUUGAGACUUAGAUCGACAAACCUCGAUUUAUUAAUAAAUGUCAGAAACAUAGCACAUUCAGUCAUUCACAAGUCGGAAGCUUGCAUUUCUAUUCAGACAACAACAAUUUAAUUGGUAUAUAAUAUAUACAAAUUAUGUUGAUCAUUACUGAUCUAGCUUAUAGAUAUUUUUGGUAGGUACUGUACUAUUAAACACUGAUAGGCCACUCUUUAACUUAGGUAACUGUAGUACUACUGUAAUGGCUCACAAUUGUGAUGGAUAAUAAAGCAACUAUACCUUAUUAAUCAUUAACAUAAUCAAUUUUUAGUUUUACUGUAUUUAGAGCGUCUACUAACUCAAGCUGUAAUGUAACCUAUAACAAAUCAACUUACCGAGUAGCAAAACGGUAAGCACAAAGUAACAUUUUUGUAAGCACUUCAGUGUUCAGGAGAGUGCAAAUUGAGUAUUGAUUUUUAUAAGCAAACCGUAUCUCAAUAUCGUGUUAUUCUAUCAAGUUGCUAACAAUCAGUUUAAAAAGUAGCUAAUAGAAAUUCGCUGUUUGAAAAGUAGUCAUUACAACUACAGUACUGGCUACUUUUAGAGUUUGUUAUAUAGUACAGUUACUGUUUUGAAAAAGUAGUCGAAAACUACUGGCUACUUGAAAAUUGUAGUUCGCUACAGUAGCGAACUACAACUACUUCGUUAUUACCCACCAUUGAACAUAAUAAACAAAAUGCAACACUGACCCUAUUAACUCGAUCGAAUACCCAAUCACUCUGGCCAUUUUUUUACGCCUCCCUUGGGAGUUUGAGUUAGAGGCCAGGGCUCUACUGUACCUGAAAAUAUUAAAUACAAGAAUACUUUACAUAGAAUGGAUCAACUGUAAGAUUCCCUAUAAGUAAAUACCUCCAGCCCUCUUAAUUAUGAAAAAGAAAAAAUGUAAAUAAAUUUGUUAUAUGGGUGAAUUAAAGUUUAAAAAGCAGUAUAUAACUGACUUAUGUUGAACAAAUCUCAUAUAUUAAUAUACAGUAUUUUUAUCAGGGUAUACUCCAAUUCAUGAAUUAAAAAAGUCUGGAUGCGAUAAUUUACAUACUUACGUACGAGACAUACACCAAUAUUACAGUCUGGUACUUCUUUGUUUUCAGCCAAGUACCAUGCACAUACUGUAGGUAUAUGGGAUUCUCACUAUAUGUGUACUUACAUUGUGCUAGUGCCAUAUAUCGCCAUUACAGCAAACUUUCUAACAUUUGCGUGGUGCCCUGGAAAAUGCACAAAACAAUUCCAUCACAUAUUUUAGUUGCAACACAAUAUAAUCCCCCUAUGAAGUAUAUGUGCUGAAUUACAUAUUUCAGACACACCGAUUUCCAUAUUCUCUCAGAUUAUCAGAAUUGAAGGAGCUAGUCGCUGUGUACAAAAUGCUUCAAAAUGCCUCUGAACCUAAUUGGCAAAGUGGACUUUCUCUUGUAAUUGUAUUUUUCACAGUAUACCAACUGUAAAAGGAAGAAAGUUCUUAAAAACCUGUUUAAAACAGUUAUAUUUUUGCUUGAACUGUCUGUGCUAGUGUAGGCAGUGCCAAUAAUAUUAACAGUCUUUCAUUGGUAGCUGGAUCAACGAAGGGCCUUUGGUCGAAAAAUUUAAAUUCUCCUUACCAACAAAAGUUUGUUUAUAUUUUUGCUGUCUGUUAUAGUAUUACAUAGUGUAUAGACAUGCAGGUAUGUCAUUAAGCUAGGGGGAAAUAUCACGAACUCAUUCUCAUCUUGUUUUAUCUUGAGUUUCAAGAUUCUAAUCUUCAAAUUGUGUUAAUUUUGUUUUACACUUUUUGAAAUUGUUGACUGGUAUUGGUUUCUGAUAUUAGAUUACCCAGUUUUUUAAAUACCUUAUAUGCAUUUACAACAUAUAGUAUCUUCUUAAAUUACAGAACCAAGUCGCCUGAAUAGAAAACAGACAUGGAUUUCAGUGACUUGAUGAAUAUUGCUUCAAACAAUCAAGUAAACACAGUCAACAAGGUGGGUUUAAGUAAAUUAGAAAAAAUAAUGGCCUGAUCAUAUACUGUAUAUAGGCCAUAGACCAUAGGUAGUUGGGCUGAAGAAAAGCUUUAUGACCUUGCCAAUCUGGUUACUGGAAUGGAGUAAAGAAACCGAAUUUCGGAUUUUGCGAUUUAAUUUAACAAUUCUUACUCAGUUUUAUGUCAGUUUUACUGUAUCUUUUAGGUUAAAAAUAAAAAGUCCAAAGAUGGUAGUUCAAGCCAAGUAUCAAGUGCAGCUGUUAAAGCUUUCUUAGAUCGACAAAAGGCAGAGAAAGCGAAGCAGAAAGGUUGGUUUUUAAGACAGAAGUGUGUGAUAGCUGUUUAUAUAGAUAAAUUAUCAUAGUUUAUAUAUUGUUUUCAGUGUGACACCACGGCUCAGUCAGCCAGUCUAGUAAACUACAUGUACAGUAUGUUGCCCACCUAAUUGCCCAUAACCAAACCUAGUUACAAUAGAUGAUUCCAACACCGCGGAAAAACGUCUGCGCAUGCGUCAACCUUACCUGUAAUAGUAUUGCGAACUUGAUGAGAAGCUGUUCCGAACGUUUCCGAAGGCUCAAAAUGGCGGUAAAUAGGAGUGACUUCAUUGUGCGUCUUUACAGCCAGAUUUCAAGCGCAAAAAUAAACAUGUCAUUCUAAAAACUAGAAAUAAAUACAGCCAGAAGGUUCAAGAAAUUGUAUUGUACAAGAACAUGAACUAAAGGUGAUUGUUGACAAAUUUAUCGUCUGAAACAUUUUGUUUAUCAACUAAGCAAUGACAAUUUCCGAAUUUUCGUUUGAGAUACAUUUCUUUAAAAACAACUGUGUCGCCAAAUAUAAAAAAUUUGCGUGUUCACAAUAAUUAAACUUUAGGAUUUAUUCUACAAUUUGAGUGGGUUAAGAAGCUUAACUUUUCGAGAGUUUUCUUAACUUUUGAGUUUGAAUUUUUGUUUUGAAUAAUUUUGCAAAAAUUUUCGAAGUCGUGUCCGUUAAAAUCAACAUUUUUUUACAUGAAUUAUAUUUCAUUCCAUACUUUAAAUGCCAGGACGCGUUCAAUUAAUGUCUAGUAUACCCAUUUGCUAUAUUUUCUCGUUUGUUUUACUAAUUUUUGACCAAUUAAAUAAGCAUGUUUUUGUUUUAGAAAUUGAUAUUCAAAUUCCCCGCCAUAUUUUCAUAAUUUGGUGCAUGCGCAGACGUUUUUCCGCGGUGUUGAUGAUUCCAGCUAUAAACUAAAUUCUCAUCUACGCGAGAAGAACAAAAUCCAUCACCACAGCUAGAACGAGCAUGUUAAAAUUAGUAAAAUUGCAGUUUGGCCGCGCGAAUUGUUGUAAAAUGAGGAAAAUAUACUAAUAUAGCCCUGUGAAGUUCGCAAAUUUUGUAUUAAUUUGUAUUACGCGCGGGAAAAUGCACCACAUUUGGGCCGAAAGUGGUGCAUUUUCCUGUGCGUAAUACAAAUUAAUACAAAGUUUACAGAUUUCGUAGGGCUUUAUUUUCCUCAUUUUACAACAAUUCGCAACCAAACUUUGCAAUUUUACUAAUUGGAACAUGCUCUUUCUAGCUGUUGUGACAGAUUUUGUUCUUCUUGUAUACAGUAGAUCAAAAUUAAGUUCUUUGUAUGUUUGCAUGGCGAUAAAACAUAUAAUAGUUUUGUUUGUGGAAACACCACGUAAAUUUAUUACUGCAAAGCUUUCGAUCCGUAAGCCCGGAUCUUCAUCAGUGCUAAUAAUAUGUUCUGAUGAAGAUCCGGGCUUUCGGAUCGAAAGCUUUGCAGUAAUAAAUUUACGUGGUGUUUCCACAAACAAAACUGUUAUAGAUCAAAAUUAGUUGGAAUUAUCCAUUCAUAUUAUUCUGACACUGCACACUGUUAAUUUCAGGUAUUUAAUUUAAUAAUUUAACUCCAGUGGAGUGAACCAAAUUUAACUUCAAAUGUGGAGUAAAAUUGGAUUCAAUCCAAUUUUACUCCACAUUUGAAGUUAAAUUUGGUUCAAAAUAAUACCAAAAGGGAGUUAAAUUGACUCCCUGAAAUUAACAGGGCAGAGAAGCGAAAAAUUCGUUGUCUGGAAUGAAUAAUAUUCCACUGGUUUAGGUCCUAGCUGAUACAAUCUGUAUUUUUGAAAAGUCAGUUACUGUAUACAGGGUGUAUAAAAAAGUAAUCCAACUUUGGCAUGUUAUCUUGUGUGAGAUAUUAAGUUUAUGGAUUUACUUUUUAAUACUAAAUAAUUAAGGUCAGGCUUUUACUGUAGCUCUCAAAGAUACCUUUUUGUAUCUGCAUGUGCAGAUAUAAUUAUCUGCGCAUGUUCUAUGUAGCCUGCGCAGCAGUCGCUUUAUUUUAUUGAAGGUUUUGAGGGGUUUUGAAUAAAUGGCAGGUUAGAAAAAAUGGGCGAUGAAAAAAAGGGCGAGAAAAAUUUAUUCAAAUAUCCUCAAAACCUUCAAUAAAAUAAAGUGACUGCUACGCAGGCUAUCUGCGCAUGCAGAUAUAAUGCUACUCUUGUUAAAGUGCCUAUAUCACUUUUAUAUCUUGUUAUUUUAUAUCUUGUUAUUCAUAUCUUGUUAAAGUGCCUAUAUCACCUUUACGGAUUUGAAAAGAGCGUAAAAAGUUAGUUAAUAAGUUCAAAAGCUUUUUUUGAUUUAGUGCAAUAAUUUCGAAGAUACAUGUCUCUAAACUACCUACAAUUCCUGAGUCCCAGGCUCCUAUGCACAAUGGACAGUUUCGAAAAAGGCCAAAUUCAAUAGCUGUGUUUACACCCCAAGAGGCUGGGACUCAGGGACAGUUCGUUGUUUAAAGGCCUACAGUAUAUCCUCAAAACUAUUGCACUAAAUCAAAAAAGGCUUUAGAACUUAUUGACGAACUUUUUAAUCUCUUUCCAAAUCCAUAAAAGUCCCACAAGUGAUAUAGGCACUUUAACUGUUAGGCUAACAGCAACCCUUGGCCAAUCAGCGACAUAGAGAAUUGCGUCAUUAUUUCACUAAGUCUAAGAAAUACGUCAUUCAUGAAAUUCAACAUGAUGAGUAAAAUGUGAUAACUAAGUAGUUAACUCUAUUUUCCCCCGGACAAUAUUUGCCAAUAAGCCAAUACUCCAUUACAUUUGGCAAUACCACAACACAUCCCUAACAUCUAGAUUUUAACUGUAGUUUGACUUGGCGAUAAAUUUACCUUGGUCGCACCCAAGCAUGAUACUCUGCAAUUAUUGACAUUAGAAUGGGUUACUUCCUUUGGAGAUCUAACUCAGAAUACGUCUAUAUUUUCAUCUCUUCAUGGAUUAGGUCUUCAAAGUGCUUAACUUAAUAUGUAAUGAAAUUUCAUACUAUUUUUUAUGAUUGCAUUGCAAAGAAAACUCAGAGUGACUGAAUAAGAUAAUUUGCCAAACUAUUUCAGUUCGCUUCGUUCUUGAGGUAUUUAACAAAUUUUGAUAUGCAAGUUAUCCUCAUUAUGUCAUAUUGCCCAACUUCAAGAUCGUGGGAUAUUCUGUAUCGAAAUCAUAAAACCGUGCAUAUGUGUUAUGUCCACAUACCACAAAUAUAUGUUAUAUUUCGACGAAUUUGAAUCAAUUAUCUACAAAUGUUAUAAACGUUUUUUCAGACAGCCAUUAUGCAAUUUAACGCCAUAAUGAGGAUAAAUACCGUAGUACCGUGGUACUAUAGUGCCAUAGUAAACUAGUACCAUAGUACUAUAAUACUAUAAUACUAUAGUACAUUGUACCAUAUUACGAUUGCACUAUAAUACCAUAGUACCGUACUGUAGUACUAUAGGAUCGUAGUAUCGGAUAAUACCGCACUAACACAGUACCAUAAUACCGUACAGUAGCGUAGUACUAUUUAACAAUUAGUCACCGAAGGCGAGGUAAUUACAAGCCUAUAUUCACUGAGCUGCGAAGCAGCGAAGUGAAUAUAGUCUUGUGAUCACCGAGCCUGAGGUGACUAAUUGUUUUAGUGUAAAUUCAGUGUUGAAAAAUAAUAAUAUAUACAAACGUUGUAAAUAUAAUUUUUUCUUCGAUGAUUUGUUUGCAAGUGGAUUUUCGGCAACCAUUUUGUUUUGAAAGCAGUAGUUACUGCUCAGAGCAGCAACUAUUGCCUCAGAGUUACUGCUGAGGGAACCAAACAGAACGCUUGAAAGCCAUUUUUCAAUACUGAAUUUAUACUAAAGUACAGUGGUACACCACUGCCGUAGUACUGUAGCACCAUUGUACGGUAGUGCCAUAGUACCAGAGUACUUUAGUACCGUACUACCAUAGUACCCUAGUACUAUAAUAGCGUAGUACUUUAGUACCACACUGCCAUAGUACCCUUACUAAUACUAUAAUACCAUAGUACCAUAGUACACUAUUACCAUAGUACCAUAGUACACUAUUACCGUGGUACCGUACUACCAUAGUACCGUAUUACCAUAAUACCGUAACACCAUAGUACCAUAGUAUCAUGAUAGUACCACAGUAUCGUAAUACCAUUUAACAAUUAGUCGCCAAAGGUGAGGUGAUUACAGGCCUAUAUUACGGUCGCGUUUAGUGCAAAUAGCAGUCUUUAGUAGGAGGUACAACUACCUGAAAAAUGCAAAAAGAACUUCGACGUCUGGAGCGAAAGCCGUUCGUCUGGAAGUUAUUAGCCAACUAGACAAGACUUUUUGUCAAGACAAAACAUUUAUCUGAACCAAAGAAUGUCUCCUACAAAAGGCUGCUGUAUAGAUUACUUACCUCCAUCUUGUAUUUGAUAAUUUGGGAUAUUAUAAAUUCCUGCAUGAUCCAGUGAAUGUCCAUUCUUUUUUUAUUUAGAACAAGAUGAAGCCGCUAGACGAGCAAGAAUACAAGCAAGACUGCAGGGGAAACAAUUGGAUAAAUCUAAAAACAGCAAGAAACCCGAAGAUUCGCCAAAUGAUUCUGUUGAUCAGAAGCAAACAUAUUCUAAAAAAAAUCGAAAUAUACCUCCAGCACAAGAUUUAACUACUUCCACAUCCAAAAACCAGUCCAAACAUAAUUCGACUCAAAAGAAACGAACCGACGUGGAAAGAGUAAUUGUAAAAUCCAAAGAAAAGGAAAAGGUGAUGAAGAAGAGGCCGGAAGAAAAAACUAAACCUAUUGAACAAAAGAAACCGGUUGCUAAAGUUAAGAAACCUGCUCAACCAGUUAUGAGUUUUCAAGAGUUAAUGAACGUUGCUAAAAAACAAGCGGAUAAUCCCGACGCGUUCCGAAAUAUCACGCCUGCUAACGGGCCAAAAUUUGGACAAAAUAUUGAGGAGAACUCUCCAGCACACAACCGAUCAAUGGAGGAUAAACGAAAAAAGGAAAUUCCAGAUGAAAAUAAUAGAGUUACUGGGAAAACUAAUCGAGAGAAGACCACUAUUUCACAAAACAAACAAAAUGUGAAAACUCGAGAAGGGAAAUUAUUAGAUACUGCUAAAAGAAAGAAGCCGGAAAGUCGAGAUCGGAAACAAUUGGAAAUGCAGAGCCGAAAAUUACCGUCGAAAUGCGCUGGAAAUAAUGAUAGAAAGUUUCCCGGUAAAGCAGAAAUACAUGCAAAACGUAAGUCGUUGGAGAAACCCAAAAUUAUGACUAUAGAACGUGAAACAAUAUCUCAAAGGGAAUAUGGGUCGUCAAUGAAGUACCGUGAGUCUAAAGAACAUUUUAAACGCAAAAGGCGUCCUAAUCCGUGUGAUGAAGAUGAGUAUGAUGAUGAGAUGGAUGAAUUCAUUGAUGAUAGCGAGGAAGCUCCUGAAACUGUUUCUAGCUACAUUAAGGAAAUUUUUGGAUACGACAGAAACAGGUAAGUUCAAGAUAAACUCUUCAAGAAACUACGGGACCACCGUAAGAGACUACUGUAAUUGGAACCUGUGAUGGCUUUCCUAGUCUGCGUAGACUUAAGUUGAAUAAACCAUAAACCAUAAUUUUGUUGUGAAUCUGACCACGUCAAGCAAACUUUUCCAAGGUAUUCAAAACCAUAAUUAAGUAGCUAUACAGCUAAUUCAAAAAAGGUUGUCAUGCAAACUUCUUAAAUCUUCACUGUUGAGCGCGCUCAGGAUGCUGAGUAACUUCCUAUUUAGAGUCUAAAAGACUAAAACUUAGACUCUUAGUCACAAUGCUAAAGCAUAUAUGAUAAACACUGCAACAAUGCCAAAACAUAUGAUAAACACUGACAGUGUAGAGGUACUUGUUCACUAAGCUAGUUUGUCCAAUCAAAGGCUCUAAAUAAGCAAUACCCAUCAUCCCUUUCGCGCUCAGUGUUUAAGGUUCAAGAUUUUUGAACGACAACCUUUUUUGUUGCAUGCCAUAUAUGGCAUGCAACUUUCACAUAGCUCUAAAUUUCAUGUCGUCGUGAGCGGCGCUAUGGCGGUGAGUGAGCGUACCGGUGGUCGUAAAUCACGUGGCAGAUUCGUAAAAUACGACAGAUACCGAGUUUUCCGACGACCAUUUUCAUGUGAUGUGAAUCACUCAUGCACGUUUUCGUUCAUGGUUUUCGUCGAGGAAACGCAAAAAAAUAUUCAUUGUUCGCCGAAAAUUUACAUAAUUGAGCGCCUUAGAAAUAUAGAUCGAGGUAGGUAAAGCUUUGCUGUUUUUAAUUUACUUAUAUUCUGUUAUUUAUUGUGAUUUUGGAGCCGUUGUGCUCGCACUGAUUAUAUUGUGUGCAAAACUUCAAAACUACAGCACAUAAUACUAUUGAAAUUUAAUACAACGAAAUAACAAUCUACUUCGGUAAAUUCAAUCAUAGUUUAAUAAUUAUUUUCAAUCUAUUAUAUAGUAAUUCACCGUUUCCACGGGUUUUUGUACCUUAAAUAAAGCUAUAUAGAUUUGUAGGAAAUAUCAUUAUUUAGCAGAGAAUUUGUAAAGGAAAUCUAACAGUCAAUCGCUUUCGAUAAAACCUUGACCUUGUUAUUACCGCCCCUUCCAAACAACGAUGAACGGUUGCUCAUAAAAACAUUGCCUAUUCGCGUGAGAAUCUUAAGUUUCCUUAUUUUGACAUAAUAGCUAGCGCUAUUUUUCAAUAAAUAUAUUGAUAGUAAACUUAUUGAAUCAAUAUUUUAAAUUCCAGGCCAGUUGUACCGAAAGUUUACAGUCGAUUUCACGAAACUUUGACCACAAAUGUUUCGAACUUCGUUGCGAAGUUCGGAAAAUCAAUUUGUAUAUAAACAAAGUCCCUGAUUGGUCCCUGAAGUCAAAGAAGCCAAUCAAAUGCGUAGUUUACAAACUGGUUUGUGAAUCUCAUUAUGAACUUUUGAACUUCGCAACAAACUUGCAAACUUCGCAACGAAGUUCGGAACAUUUGUGGCCAAAGACAAAGUUAUCUCAAAUCGACUGUAAUAUAAGCGCUAGCGCAUCAUAAGGUUUCAGAUGGCAUGCAACAUGUACGCAGUGCCUAUUUUUGAAUUAGUUAUGUGUUUUAAGGUGGCUCAAUACAGUUUUUGAAAUAUGACAAAAUCGUGAUUUAGAUUUAAUUUUUUGAAGAGAGGUUUUUUUUUAGAAGACAAAAAUUGUACCACAUAUAUUGAGCAAUCUUCUAAGAGUUGAAAAUUGUUCACAAAAAUGACGUCAUUACCGUUGCUAUGUUAACAAUGACGUUUCAAUAUGGCCGACAUUUUACCUUUUAACACAUUUUAAUCGAAAAAAAGGCCGGUUACCCCCAUUUUUUAUUUCGUGAAACGUUUUCAUUUAGAAAAAUGAAUGAUAUGAACAAGCUUAAAAAAAUUCUGUAGAUCAGAAUUUUUAAAAAAUUUAAAAACGUGAUUUUUCGUGAUAAAUAUUUUUUGGAUCUACAGAAUUUUUUUAAACUUGUUCACAUCAUUCACUUUUCUGAUUGAAAACGUUUCGCGAAAUAAAAAAUGGGGGUAACCGGCCUUUUUUCGAGUAAAAUGUGUUAAAAAGUAAAAUGUCGGCCAUAUUGAAACGUCAUUGUUACCAUAGCAACGGUAAUGACGUGCAACGGUAAUGACGUCAUUUUUGUGAACAAUUUUCAACUCUUAGAAGAUUGUUCAAUAUAUGUGGUACAAUUUUUGUCUUCUAACAAGAAAUCUCUCUUCAAAAAAUUAAAUCUAAAUCACAAUUUUGUCACAUAUUUCAAAAACUGUAGGGAGCCACCUUAAAUCCAACAAGUCUUGUCAUGCCGACAUGGAAUAUGAUUGGAGUGAUGGGACUAAAGAUGGGACUAAAUAUGCCGGUAUAUACUGUAUUGCUUCAUGCAAUUCUGUUCCUUCUUGUUUUGGAAAGCUGUGAUUCAUGCACUGUAUCUUUUAAUGACUAAGUUUGUACCAGCUUCAGUUUGUACCAGCUCAAGUACACGGCAAUGGUCAUUGGAGUACCUGUGAGGUACGACUAAAAAUCUUGAAUUAUCGCUCCCUGCUCAUUUGGAUUGAGUGGCCGACUUUUUCAUCUUCACACCGGAUUAGAUUUCUACACGCAGGAGGCGCUGAUACCCUUAUAGUAAUUAAGUUGUCAACAAGGUUUUAUGUCUAUUUCAUCGUUUUGUGCCUCCAUUUGCACAGCAAUUACAAACUCAAGUACAUGCAUAUACAAGUGCAAUAUACUCUUGCACUAAGAGGUCGGGUAUUUCUAGUUUUGAGUUUGGCAUUCAAACUGACAGCUUUAUUUGAAUUAGCUGCAUGUUUUGUGUAAUGUGCCGUGCAAAGAUAUUACUGUAUUUCUAUUUUAUUAAUUCAAGAACCUGUUUUUAGGUUCCGUGACCGAAAUGAAGAUAUUAACAAUAUGGAAACCAGUUAUGGUGACAUUCAGAAAGAAGAAGCAAAAAGGUAAACUGGCUUUUAUUUUCAUAUAGUUUCUGUCAGCUCAACAUAAGCUAUAGUGCAUGAUUUAGUAAUCGCUUUUAUUGUAUGGCAAGGCGGUCCAUGCAUGUGCAGCAUGUUAAUUGGUUCCUGAGCGGUCGAUAACCUAGCUGCAGUACAGACCGCUAACUAAUCUCAUAGUAUGGACCGCUAAGAUGGAACCGCUCAUGAAGAUGUGUGACCUUGGCUUGGUAAGUUUUAAUAAGAAUCACUUGCUAUUCUAAUCUAUUUUUGUAUUAAAAAGUUGUUAACAUGUGUAUAAACGCUUUUUACAACACUUAAAAUACUGACAGAGUGAUGCUUUAUACUUUCCGCCAUUGAACGGUUUUUUCGGGGAACUGAAAUGAAAAAAACUGCUUUGUUUUCGGCUUGUAGAAUAUAUUAAUAUUUGAAAUUAUAUAUGUUGUUAUCGUUUUAUCUUCGUCAAAAGUGUUUACGGAAAUUUAAAAUCCUGCCUUUUUAAAUGUUCAUGAAAAUAGUGUUGUCAACAACUUAAUUAAACAUUGUUUUUUGAAGAAUGCCGUCUUAUUUUUAGUUGAAGGGUUUUGUUGAUGGAAAUUAUCGAGUGUAAAUUUAUAUUGGACUGUCUGUGCCAGUGUAGAUAGUGUAGAUAGUGCCAAUAAUAUAAACAAGCUUUCGUUUGUUGCCAUGGAUGCAACUACCUGGAAAAUAUAAGGAGAAUUUCGACUUAACUCCAGACGAACUGCCUUCGCUUGAAACGUCGAAAUUCUCCUUAUCUUUUUCAGGUAGUUGCAUUCAUACCAACGAAAGAUUGCCUAUGUAAGCUGCAGGUUCGAUUCCUGCUAAGGUGUAUAGAAAAGGUAGUAUACUAUUUUGAAACGGCUCUCAAUUUCACAAACCCGUUAAUUUCAUGAAAUGUUUGAUAGAUAUAGAUUGAUUUGGAUACUUAUAAUGUAGAAUAAACAAAAAAUGUUCGUAAAGAUAAAGUUUCCAGAGCAGGGGGGGAGGGGUGGUGUCUUUUUAGCAGCAUUAAAAAUUUUUAAAACGCAUUUUGAGUUCAUGGGCGACAAAUUUGUUAUGUGUUUGAUCAAUGGUCCAAAGUCAGAAAAAUUACUCAAUUUUAAGUCCUAUAAAUAGCUGCUGAAAGUUUCAUUUUUUGGCACCAAUGUCUAUCACCGCAUGCUUAAUUCGUGCAUUUACCUAAUUUGCAUGCGUAUUGUUAUUUUACUUUUUUACUAAUUUUUGUUUAUUCUUUAUUAAUAUAAGUAUACCCAAACAAUCUAUAUUUAUCAAACAUUUCAUGGAAUUAACGUAUUUGUGAAAUUGAGAGCCGUUUCAAAAUUGUCUACUUUUUUUAUACACCCUGUAGUUGCAUUUUUUUCCAGCUGUUCGUGGCUAGGUCUAAUAAAUGUAUAUAAAUUUAUACACGAUAAUUUCCAUCAUGCACAAAACCCUUCACCCACUGUAUUAUACAAUCGAGUGAUGCCAAAAAAUCUUGAUAUUUACCCAGUCUUGUUUUUAGCCAUAUAAUAAAGAACUUAUUGAAGCCUCGUUCUUUUUUCGUUUUUACAAACUCGCCUAAUAUCCUAUAGAGUCUGGACCUCUCGCUCAGUCAAUAACAUAUAUUAUUAUAUGGCUUUUCAAAAUUCUCUAUUCUGAUUGGUUGACAAGCGGUCCGUAAAAACCAAUAUCCGGACCGUGGUCCGUAUUUUCCGUAUCUGGACCGGUGUCCCGGAUGUUGUUUAUCUGGCGGGAAAUGUUUGCUUUGCAAACAGAACAUUUUUUUGCUUUUUAAGUUUCCAAUUGUGCUUUACAGAUAAAAAUUUCAAACAACCAAAUUGUUUUUGAUUGAGCAUGCAUGCCUACCGUAUAUUGUUACCCAGAGAAACUGACGAUAGCCGAUUUAAUUCGCGCGAAAAGCAUAUGCUCACAGACUCAGUUCAGCCAUAUAAUAAACCGAUUAUUGACCUCGCUUGUUCGGUCUGUACUGUGAAAUAUCAGAUCUCUGUUUUUUGCAUGGACCUCGGUCUGAUAUUUUACAGUACAGACCACACGUUCGGUCAAUAAGCCUUAGCAAGAGAUAAAUAAGUCGUAGCGAGUGAAUUAAUGCAUACAGAACAGCUUUGUUCAGUACUCCCCCAAAGACCUAAGAGUGCAUUAUUGCAUGGCCCAUUAGUGGCUCGUGGUAUACUAAUUUGCAUAUGACCCAUAUACGUUUCAUUUUUAACAGGGAGUACAUAGGGUGGAGUACUAAACUUGGCCCGUUCUGGCCUGAAUGAUAUCUGCAGAAUGACAAGGUCGAACUUUGCUUAAAAUCAGUGCAAUCACGUUGGCUUCUUUCAACUCUACGCAAUAUGGAGUCAAAAUACCUUUGACAAUAGCAUACCACAAUAGUCAAUAGCGGUGUUUUUAUUAUUAUAAAUAACAAACUUGAGCAGAUUUUAUUGAAAUAAUAAUAAUCAGCUUACCUUUCGCUUUACUAGAAAAACUGCUUUGACGACGGCCAAUAUUUUCGUUUUUCAGCGAAUUCCAUUCAAAUAUACGCUGUUCUUUCGCAAAUAUAUGUUUGUAUCGUCAGUAGCUUGUGUGAAUGGGCGAUAGACGAAAGUUAACCCUAUAACCCUAAAUUUGUUAGCUGUGGUACAGUAAUUGUGGUUGACAGGAAAUUUUACACUACAUUAUUUCUAAACUCAUUUGUGUUCUGUUUAUUUAGUCUACGAAUCGCAAAACUUGAAGAUGAGGUUGAAAAACUGAAAGAAAGUUACGAACUUGAACAGCAACAGAGAAAAAACAAAAAGUUAAAACAGUAGCUAUGGCCUUGCGUGAGUGAAACAUAGUGAAUAUUGGUAAAACAGAUUUAAUAUUUAUAUUGUCCAGAAUUUUAAAAAGGGUAUCUAUAAUAAACGUCGCCAUAACGUUUUGAAUACUUUUAUUGUGUAUAAAUAAUCACGUAUUUCAUCUUUCAGUUUGCUCUUUUUAAAACAUGGGUGAUCCAGAUUUUUAAAACUUUUCGUUGAAAAUUUAUUACAGAAGACUUUUUAUUACAGAAAGCCUUCAACUGUUGUUAGUAUAGGUAAUCAUGCGAUGUUGCUCGUACAAUUAGGGAUUAAUAGUACGAGUGAUGUUUGGAAAUUUUGCCAAAAUUGGACGAGCCGCCGGGGCGUCAAAAUUUCCAAACAUCACUCGUACUAUUAAUCCCUAAUUGUACGAGCAACAUCGCAUGAUUACUUGUUUAUUAUUAGCAUGACAAAAUUGGAUACUUCUCAAUAUCAACAUCAUAUUCUCUCGCCAAAGCCCAGUCCUGCCAGACUUUCAACCAAAAUUUUGUGCUUUUGUUCGUAUUUUCAUCUAGUUCUUUUGUUAAAGCAAAAUUUGGUGCUUUUGUUCGUAUUUUCAUCUAGUUCCUCUAUAGCCUGAUAACAGACCUACGUUUCACCCGCCCUAAAAUUCGUCGACGGAAAUGGCGAAACGUAGGUCUGAUGAAAAUGUUGUCAAAAGCGCCUUCCGCCCACUUUGCAUUUUGCAAUAAUUAACGAUGAUGAUGACACAUACAUGUAAUACCUAAAAAUACAAUGAAAGUUGUCGAUUUCACUUUAUUGCAAGUUUGUAAACUAGUAAGAGUCGAUAAGUACAGAUAUUCGAAUAAAUAUUUAAAAUAUUGGUAACCCCAUGGAGCCCGUUGCUUUUAUAUACUUAAACCUUUGUAAAUGAACAGUUACAGCUAGUAAUAAUACAACAUUUUCAACACAUUCUAUAAAUGCGAUAAAAUCUGCUUACGCAAAUUUGGCAAUGGCCAAUGUGCCAUUGUUGAAUUGCAUCCCAACUCUUACAAUUUAUACAUUUUGAAAUCGCCAUACAAUGGUAAAAUCUAAAUAAAAUAUUUUGUACGUGCUAUGUUAUCAAAAUGUAAAUCAUGAAUGCGCACAUAUUUGUAUCCGAGUUUUACUAUGAUUUAUAAUCACAAAACUUAGAUCGUGUAUAAAAAAUUAUCUAUUGUAUUGUUAAUAACAGCGGAAAGAUACAACGCUGAAGAAUUUGACACGUGCUGAUCUACUCCCCUCUAGUUUUAAUUUUAGACGGUAGAUACUGAUCAUAGACUAGUUGUCGUUCGGCAUCACAAAAUAUUUAGAAUAUUACACUGUCUCUGUUACACUGUAUGCAUAUUUAUAUGCGUUGAUUUACCGUUGAAAAUAUUCUGAUCUUUUCAAAUCUUUUCAUGUUAGCGACCAACCAAUCACAACCCAUUUUUCUGUGAAUUAGCCAAUCAGCUUUGUCGACCGCCAGGCGGUCGACUUACAUGCACUUUUGACAACAUUUUCAUCAGACCUACGUUUCGCCCUUCGUCGACCCGCGAAUUUUAGGGCGGGCGAAACGUAGGUCUGUUAUCAGGCUAGUUCCUCUAGGGCAAUUUCAUUUCACGCUUGUGUUUAAAAUACCUUUCCGCCAUUCUGUUUGUUUUGGGAAAAUCAUUAAUUGUACUGCAGUACAAUUAAUGAAAUAAUUGUACUCCUCUCGACCAAUCAGCAUCCAGUAAUUUGACAUGCUAAUAAUAAGUUACUUUAUUUCUUAUCGAGAUUUUUAGGCAUCUCGCUCGAUAGAACAAACAGUUGAAGGGUUUUUGUAUAGAUGGAAAUUUCGAAUGGAAGCCAGGUGAUCUCGUGUUCGUAUUUUAGCCAAUCAAAUCCAUUUUGAUGUAUUCAGUCAAUUAUAUCUUUCGUUAUUCUUUAUGAAACUAGUUGAAAUUUUGUAAUUAUGUUUGCUUAUGAGAACUAUAGCUCUGACAAAAAUUUGGAAUCGAAAUAAUGUAUAUUACAGGAGAUAUUCAGUUGUUUUAAUCAUAAAAUGGAUUUCUAUUUGACAACUAGUGCCAGUACUUUUCCGCGUAUCAAGAUCACCUGGGAUUAUAUGCAGUUUUAAGCCUGGUUCACACGAUGAAAUAAGCAUAAGCAUAAGCAUAUUAAGCAUAAGCAUAAGCAAGCGGAACCUUUGAUGUAAACAUAAGAAGAACAAAUGUUGCGUUCUUCUUAUGCUUACGUUUAUGCACAUCAAAGGUUCCGCUGCUUGUGCUUAUGCUUAUUUCAUCGUGUGAACCAGGCUUUAGACUUAACCAGGAGCAGCUGCGAAAAAUGUAACUAUAUAGGCCUCCUGGCAGGAGUCGAACCUGCGGCAAAUUUCAAAACAGUUUUAUAUUUUGGAUACAGCUUUUACAUCUCGAU